AUGAUUAUUUGUGCUUCAGUCACUUCAGAGUCUCCUAAACCAACCACAACAGCUUCAGAUCACAGCAGUAAACCAGCAGAUACUGCAUCUAACAGACCCGUCACAUCUGUAUUUCCUUCAUCAUCAUCAUCAUCAUCAUCAUCAACAUCUUCAGCAAUAUUGAUGCUCUCAUCAUCUAAUAAUGCAGCGUCAUCAAAACCAGAACAAGGUUUUGCCAUGAUGGUCAUGUUGAUGGUCGUAGGGAUCCUGACAGGGUUUGGAUUCUCACUGUUCAUGUACUUCAGAUGGAGACAAAAGAAAGAAGGAAAUCAGCCCAGAGAUGUUGUUCAAGGCCCGACUGAGCAUCUGCCCAACAGAGAUAAUGAACCAAACAGAGACGUCUCUCAUACUGUCUCUGAUUAUGAAGACAUCAGUGACACUCUUGAUCAUCCUGUCUACAGUUCAGUCCUUCCUGUAUUUGAUGAACACGACGCCUCUGUUCUAUUGACGCCUCUAGCACAAUUACCCAGCAGCCCCUCUGACAAUCUCACCUACUCGUCCAUCAGAUUUUCAGCUACACAUCACUCAGACAGGACUUCUGACGGGCAGGAAACAUGUGACCACACCACCGUUAGACCAUAAAAGACUGUUCAUGGACAUCAGGUUGAUUAAACCUGAUUCACACCUAAAGUUAUGUCCAGAAGUCAUCUUGGCACACUAUGAAAAGACGUCCACUGAGGAGCCAGAAUGAAAGUUUCUGCACGUCUGAUAUAGACGUCAAAAAAGAUGUCUUAAAAAAAACUUUCAUUCCGGCUCCUCAGUGGACGUCUUUUCAAAAGAUGUC